AUGCGAAGAAUUAUCGAUUCCGAAAGUAGCAGUCAAGAAACCCACCCAGUCCUACGAAGAAGUUGCCGAGCCAGGAAGGAAGUCAAGAGCUAUAAUGAAGACCAAGACUACAGUGGCUUGGAAGAAAUCGAAGAAACACGUAGAAGAUCACAGUGGAGAAUGGGUAGUGACACCAGUGAUAUCGAACUGGAGAUUUGUACGUCAGAGGAUGACCAGGAUCAAAGCGAGACCAUCAGGCAAGACCCAGAAUUUGAUUUUGACAGAAUGACCAAGCGCCAGAGACAAGCCUUCCUUGUUAAGAACAACAUGAUGAAGGUCAGCGAGAAAGCUGUAGAAGCCCACGGUGGCCAACUCGGUGAAAGAGAUGAGACAGUUGCAAUUAAUCAUUCAGGAGGUCAGUGUAUGUACUCUUUAGACACUAUCCCUAAGAACAAAUCUAUCCGGGAGAAGGUCAAAUCUAGAAAAGACAAAACUCUUGAGGAAGAAAUUGCUGAUAAACGUAAAGAACUUACAAAUAUGCUGAAAGACCUUGAUCAAAAGACUAAAAUCAGAGAGAAGAGACAUAAAGAAAAUAUGAUCAAGAAGGCUAUAAUGAAAGUUAAGAAAGAAGAAAUAGCUCAGACUGAAUGUGUAAAGUACAUCUCUUCAAUAAGAAGGAGAGAUAAGAAGUUCAUUGAAGCAAAGAUACUUAAAGUUCCACCGAGUGCGAAGAUGACUUAUUUCCAGCUCUCUAGUACAGCUUCUCUCUCAAAUUUGAGUGCUAGAUCUAACCAAAAGUGAGAUAACUGCGGAACAAAUAGCAAGAAAUAUAAAUGAUCAAAAUCUGCUAAGUUUGCUUGAAGUCUCCCUUGCUAUCGGCAAAACUUAAGGCAUUUUAAUAUUAAUCCUUCAAUUUAG